AUGGCCAUGACGCCGAAGGCCGGAAGGGAUAGCCUUCCGCUGGCACCAUCGGGGCGGCCUGCCAAGGCCCCGCCGACUCCAAAGAAAGCGGCCUUCAGACCGCCCCCGCCUUUGCAGCCGCCAUUUUGCGAGGAGCUGCCGACGGCCCCGGUGGCCAAGGCCCCGGCGGUGGACGCCAACAAAGAGUUGGUCGGUAAGCUUCGUGCUGAGAAAGAGGCGGGACUUGUGGAGGAGAACAAGCGCCUCGUCAUCCGCUUGCGUGAAGCCGAAGGUGAGGUGCAGGCCCUUAAGCAUAGACUUAGGGAGAAGGAUUUCGAUCUGGAAGAUGCUCGCAGAGUGGCUCUUGGACGAGACCCCCCCAGCAGCGGAGAUCAAGAUCUCGGAGGCAUCGCAGUUCGUCCAGCCCACGGGAAGACCGAGACCGGGAUGAUCCUAGUCGCCGCGAUGAUCGCGAUCGCAGAGAUGACCGUGAUCGCAGGGACGACCGCGGACGACGAUGAGGAGUGGGAUGAGCCUGGGCCACCGCGCCCUCUGAGAAGGGAC